CAUAUGACGUAUGGAUAAAACUUCAAUUCCCACAACACCACGCGGCGGAAUGGUAGGGAAUGAGCGCUUCCGGGUUAUCCUCAGAUUCAGAUUUCUUGUGUUGUUGAGGCUUGAGUUUGCUGUUUUGUCGCUCUUGUCUUUCCUCUGUACAUGUCACAGUGAUGUAGAUAAGGAGAACAUUUGAGACUCUCCAUGACAUGCUCUACCGGCCUCCGUCCCCGCGGGAUUCGGCGUGAAGACUGAGGCGUGAACGUCUGAAAGAAGAGGAGGAUGUGGCAGAGUGUCGGUUUGACCGUGUUGGUGAUCGUGGCCACGCUGAUAUGUGUCCUCCUCUUCAUGCUCUUCGGGUGGUAUGUGGUGUGGCAGCUCUUCCUGUCUAAGUUUAAGUUCCUGCGGGAGUUGGUGGGAGACACCGGUUCUCCGCAGGCUGAAACCGAGCCCUCCGAGUCCGAGAGUGAACGCAGCUCGCCCCCGACACCCCGCCACCGACCCAAAACCGCUCGCCAGAGGACCGUCCCUCCUGACAGCACUACAUAGAGCCCUGAACCAGAUCUCCUCCAGCUCAGCUCAUAACCGUUAUGCUACUUUAGGCUGGACGUGAGGUUAUUUCUUGUGUACCGGACCUGCAUCAGUCUCUGUGCUCUCCUUCACAUCUGCUCAGUCAUCAUGGCUACACUUGUUCACGGCGGGUCGUGAAUGUUCAUGUCCUGACUAACACGCUGCUACCCUCGGCUCCGGCUGCGUGGAUGUGUCAUAUAUUUACACGAGAGCGUAUCUGUAUGUAUUUGUUAUUGUUUAACCAAUCUAUUAAUGACUCAGGCUCACAAAAAACAGGCUAAUGUGAUGACCAAACUUCCAGUGUUUCUGUGAGCUAACAGCACUACUGUUCACACUGACAGCACACUGGCUCUGACAUUGAUGGAAGCCUGUUUCUGCAACAGAAA